CACAGGGAGCCUAUAUAAACUCUGACAGUUGUCAAGUGGAGAACACUGGCUGUUUGCACUCGGGAGCGACGCAAUUUUGGGAGAUUUACAGCAAUAGAUACCCAGAAAUACCCAAAUAGUAACAAUGUCUCAUGCAUGGGGAUACGCACCGGACAAUGGACCCGACAAAUGGUGUGAAGGCUUCCCAAUUGCCAACGGACCCCGCCAGUCUCCCAUUGACAUCGUACCUGGGGAGGCUGCCUUCGACGCAGCCUUGAAGGCGCUCACUUUGAAGUACGACCCUUCCACCUCCAUUGACAUUCUCAACAACGGACAUUCCUUUCAAGUGACCUACACCGACGACAACGACAACUCAACUCUGACAGGGGGGCCCAUUUCAGGGACGUACAGGCUAAAGCAGUUCCACUUCCACUGGGGCGCCAGCGACGACAGGGGUUCUGAGCAUACCGUGGCCGGGACCAAGUAUGCUGCCGAGCUCCACCUGGUACACUGGAACACCAAGUACCCCAGCUUUGGUGAUGCUGCUAGCAAGUCUGAUGGCCUUGCUGUUGUAGGAGUCUUCCUCCGGGUUGGAAAUGAAAAUGCCAAUCUUCAGAAGGUCCUUGAUGCUUUUGAUGCCAUUAAAGCCAAGGGCAAGCAGACCUCUUUCGAGAAUUUUGACCCCACCAUCCUGCUCCCCAAGUCCCUAGACUACUGGACUUACGACGGCUCCCUGACCACACCUCCUCUGCUGGAGAGUGUCACCUGGAUUGUCUGCAAGGAGUCAAUCAGCGUCAGCCCUGCCCAGAUGGGCAAAUUCCGGAGCCUGCUUUUCUCUGGAGAGGGCGAGGCCGCCUGCUGCAUGGUGGACAACUACCGCCCCCCUCAGCCCCUCAAGGGCCGCGCUGUGCGUGCAUCCUUCAAAUAAAUCCCCCUGCCCCCCAAUCCCCUCCCCUGCUUAGUGAGACACCCAGGCGUGCCACCCCUGCAGUAAGACUCAGAGCACAUGUACUGUAUGUCUGCCCUUACAUUUUUUAGAAGGACGAAAUCCCCCCUUUCCUGUCUCCCCAUUCCUACCAGUGCUGUGAUGUGACGUGGGAAGAGGAAACAGUUGAGGCAUUGACCUUUUUUGUAUCCCCUCUCCUCUCUUGAGUGAUAACAAGCCAGAGAAGCCCUGAUGUACUUCACAAGAGAAGCACUCCACAGUGGUGGCUAUAAUGUGACAGAUUUACCGGGAUUUCGCCUGCGGUGCCAAUGUUGUAGACAGCUACUGGGCUCUGUAGUUUUUCAUAGAUAGAUAGAGAGGAUGUGUCAACAAACAAACAAAGCUUGCGAAGAGGCUAAGACUAUAGAAAUGUAGCUGGGAUCAUGUAAUGGAUGAUUCAGUUGGAGAAAGACAAGCAGACCCGACUAGCAGUCAGUGGCAGGCCUGGGGUGGAUGAAACUGCUUCACCAUCUGUGAGUAGGGCCACACACACACACACACACACACACACACACACACACACACACACACACACACACACACACGCACACUGCCAGUCUGUCUUUAAUCUCUGAUUGACUGCCUGCCUCAGGAUCACAGCAGCUUAAUGAAACACAGUGGUCACUUCCAUCACACCCAAUUGAACCAGAACAUCCUCCUCUGGAACACACAUACACAGGCCUACAGUCAUUGACCUGCUCAUUGAUUUUCAUACUUAGCAUGCCUACAGUGCAUACCCAAUAUACAGACACACAUUGACAUGCAUACCAGCACACACACAUAAUGGGAGGUUACAGCUACAAACUGUUAGCUAUUGUGCUCUGUCAUGACAAUGACUUUGCAUUCCUGUGUUUUUAUAGCAAAGCCUCGUCCUCAAUCAUUUGUUUUAUUUGUUUGUUCCUCUUGGUGUUAUUAGCAAUAUUAAUGGAUUUAUUUUUUCAAUAUUUAAGUGAUUCCUGAAUUGUGUUUUGCAACUGAAAGCUCCUCUAUACUCGUAGUAUUGUCUUGAUGACAUGACAACAGGAGGGUUAGGUUAUGACCCUUUUCAGACAUUAUGAAUUGUGUAAUGGAAUAUCCGUCUAAGCAUUGUUUUGCAAGCCCCUAUGUAUUGUGUUGUACCGUUUCGAACGCACAGUCGCCUUGUGCGACGCCAUAGGGCACUACAGCCAAGGAAGAAUCAAUCCGCCAACUGAUAAGCUUUGUAGUGUUAGUGGGGUGUCAGGUCCUUUUAGGCCAGAUUACUAAUGACGAAGGGUCACCUUUAACUUUGGGACCACAGAAUCAUGCUAAUUUAAAAAAAUAUAUAUAUAUGUUUGAAUGCAAGUGAAAUUAUGAAUCAUGUCUGUCAAAAAUGGAUGACUGUAUUUGAUAAUGAAAUUGAGUUUAAAAGUCUUAUGCAAAGCACAAAUUAAAGGGCCACCCAAAAACAGCUAGACUUACUCCCAGGGAGUGGAAGUUUUAUCAGUUGAAUAAAUAUAUUUUAUGACUA